AUGGACUACAUUAUAAAGCGGCAAACUGUCAUUGCAUACGCGCGCACUGCUGAUUGUUUACAAACAAAAAAAAAUCCCUUCAAUUUUGCUGCCGACCGUGCGGUGGUGGUGUUGGACUACCAGCGGAAGGGCAAGCGCCCCGUCAUCAAGACUACGACACGACAAACGUACUUUUUGCUCGUGAUUGGCCUGGUUGUUCCGGAGAAGCUCAAGCCGGGCGAUGAGAGUGAACAAGGACUCGUUCGUCGUACUUCAUCCUGGACACUUCCGGCCGAGGUGGACGAACGGCCCACCGAGCACUACUCGGACAUUGGCGGGUUGGACAAGCAAAUCCUGGAACUAAUUGAGGCCGUCGUGGUGGUGCAGAUGUUCAUCGGAGACAGUUUCAAGCUCGUCCGGGACGCGUUUGCACUAGCCAAGGAAAAGUCGCCGGCGAUUACUUCCUGCACGCGAUUACGCUGCAAACGCAUCUAA